AUGUUUGAUAAAUAAAAAUUCUUUAUUAGUUCAAUAUCAAUAACAUUGUUAAUAUUUGUAGUAUUUCAUAAUGUUGAAAAUAUUAUUCAAUAUAGAAGAUUUUUAUCACAAGAUGAAAUAUCUAAGGAUCAAAUUGAAUAAUAAAAUUAAGAUUAACAUAGAAAAGUAAGAAGAACAUUUUCUCCUGGGGAAAUUGAUUUUUGGAUUUGUUUAUUAAUUGCUGCAAGUUUAUAUACAUCUCAAAAUAAUAGUUUUAAUCUGUUUGGCAGCUGUUUGUUCUGGAAUGACUGUUGGUUAUUUAUCAGUUGAUGAAUUACAAUUAGAAAUAUAUAAAGAAUAAGGAACACAUGAAUAACAAAGAUAAGCAAAUGUUAUAUUGCCAAUCAUCAAAUAGCAUCAUAUGCUACUUUGUACAUUAUUAAUAGGAAAUGCAUUCUGUAUGGAAUCACUUCCUAUAUUUUUUGAUAAAGUUGUUCCUCCAGCAUUUGCAGUACUAAUAUCAGUCAUUUUUAUUAUCUUUGCUGGGGAAAUCAUUCCUUAAGCAUUAUGUACUGGACCAAAAUAAUUAAUUAUUGCUGAAAAAUUAACACCAAUAGUUAAAGUAUUAAUGAUUUUAUUUUGGCCAAUCAGCUAUCCUUUGGCUAAAAUGUUAGAUUCAUAUUUUGGUGAGCAUGGAUCUACUAGAUUCUAAAAAAAUGAAUUAAAAGCAUUAAUUGAAUUGCAUGGAAUACAAAAACAUGCAACUGGAGGUGGUCAUGCAAAUGAAGAUUAAGGAUUCACAUAAGCAGAAAUUAAUAUGAUUACAUCUACUAUUGAUUUGAGGGAUAAAACUAUUGGAUAAGUUAUGGUUCCUAUUAAAGAUGUAUUUUCUGUUAACAAAAAUAAUGAACUUAAUAAAGAAACUUUAGCAAGAAUAGCAUCAUCUGGUUAUUCUUAUGUUACUAUCUAUGAGAAUUAGAAGGAAAAUAUUAUUGGCACUAUUAGAUCAAAAUAAUUAAUUGAUAUGGAAUUAACUAAAAAAACUAUAUAUGAAUUAGAUAAUCUUGUAAAACCAGUUCUAUUUAUUUCAAGUGAGACUUCUUUAUUUGAAAUGUUAAUGAUAUUUAAAUAAAAAAAAACUAAAAUUGCAUUUGUAGUUGAGACUAAUAAAAUUGAUUAAACUAAUACUUCAAGAAGUCCUAAUUUUUAAAUUAUUGAAGAUAAAUUAUUAAAAAAAGUUAUUGGAUUAAUUUCUUUAAAAAUGUUAUUUGAAGAAAUUGUAAAGAAAGAAUUUCAUGAUUAAGAUAAUCAUAUAAAAUUCAAUUCAGUAAAUUAUUAAUCAUUAUAAUUAGUUAAAACCAACCUUAAUUUAACCAAUAGGUAAAUUAUAAAAUAAAAUACUUAUAGAACCAGAAGAAUAACAUUGA